AUGGCACAAAUGGCCAUGGCACCAUCAUUUACUCCACACCCUGGCAUGGGCGGCCACCCUGGCGUUGCUCAUGGCGGACAGCCAAUGGCCCAUGGACACCCUUCGAAUCAAGGUGUACCCGGAGGACAACAGCCUGGAGUCUCGAUGGGGCAGCAAAUACAUCCAGGUAUCACAGGGCCGGGAGGGCCUCAAGUCAGCCAGGCGGGACCUAUGAUGGGCGGAAUGAUGCAGGGUGGCGGACCGCCAAGUGUAUCUGGGGUUGGACCAAGCCAGCACGCAUUGUCUCACUUGAAUCCACACCAAGGACAGAUGUAUGCGCAGCAGCAGCAGCAGCAACAGCAGCAACAGCAGCAGCAGCAGCAGCACAUGCAACUCUUAGCCAACAAUCCACAACUCGCCGCACAGCAUCAUGCACAAGCACAAGCCCAGGCUGCAGCUCAACAGCAAGCCUCGCAGCAACAGGCCCAACAACAACAGCGUAUUCUACAGCAUCGGAUGUUGAUGCAGCAACAGCAGCAAAAUGGAAUGGUUCCCAAUAAUGGCAAUCAGGCCAUGAACCAGCAGCAGUUCCUUCAGAACAAUGCCGCCGCCAUGCGCGGCGUGCCGCUACCUGCCCACCUACAACAAGCCCAGCAGCAAACUCACCAGAACGCACAAAUGCGGGCACACCAAGCACAACAGGCUCAGUUGCAAGCUCAGGCUCAGGCUCAGGCUCAGGCUCAAGCUCAAGCUCAAGCUCAAGCUCAGGCUCAAGCUCAAGCCCAAGCCCAACACAACGCGCAGCAACAAGCUGCAGCUCAACAGCAUCAGCAGCAGCAGAACGCCCAGCAGAAUGCCCAGCAACAAGCUCAGCAACAAGCUCAGCAGCACCAACAGGCACAAAUGCAACAACUCGCUUUACAGCAAGCCAAUCAAGCGGCAACUACGCAAGGCCAACAAGCUCCGCAGCCGCAAAUGACCGUUCAGCCUCAGGCACCAACUGGGCCUGACCCUGCUGCUGCUGCGGCGGCGGCACAACAACAGCAGCAGCACAUUCAAAUGCAGCGACAAGCACAACAUGCGGCGCAACAGCAGCAGCAACAACAGCAACAGCAGCAGACGCAACAGCAGCAACAACAGCAACAGCAACAGCAGCAACAGCAGCAACAGCAGCAACAGACGCAACAGACGCAACAGCAGCAGCAACAACAACAGCAGCAGCAGCAGCAGCAGCAACAGCAACAGCAACAACAACAACAACAACAAACCCAAGCUGCCCAAAACCAGGCUGCUCAGCAGCAACGGGAGCAGCAACAGCAAGCUCAGCAACAACAGCAAGCUCAACAGCAACAGCAAGCUGCUCAACAACAGCAAGCUGCGCAACAGCAACAGCAAGCUGCUCAACAACAACAGCAAGCUGCCCAACAACAACAACAGUUGCAGCAGCAGCAACAGCAGAAUCAACAAAGUCAACAGCACACGCCUAAUCCGCAACAGCAGCAGCAAGCUCAACAGCAACAUGCCCAGCAGCAGCAAGCGCAGCAUCAAGCCCAGAUGCAUCAGCAGCAACAACAACAACAACAACAACAACAACAAGCUGCUCAAGCUGCAGCUGCAGCCAUGGGCCAGAAUCGUACGAACCACAUGAGCACGAGUGGUAUCCUGAAGCUUCUCAGUUUUGCCGAUCAUCUCAGCCAAAGUUCCGAAAGCCCUAGCCCAAGGUCUCAGCUGAAUGGACGACUGGAUGAAACUCACCAAACCCAAAUGCAGACCCGCAAGCAGGCCAAUGAUCUUGCAUACUGGCACUCGUUCGUAGACAGCUUCUUCUCUCAAAAGGGUGUGCUCAGGCAAUCAUUAUGGUCAUCAGAAACUAAAGAAGGCAAGCAAUUCGAGCUAUCAACGCCGAGUUUGCCAAGAUACUACUGGGCGUAUUUCAACAGUGGGAUUACAAAUAUACAGAUGACAUUUUCAAAUGCUAUCGAGAAGAAUCUGCCUGGUGUAGGCCAUUCUGUCGAAAGCCCCAAGUCAAGCUUCGUGUACUGGUUCACAAACGGCCAUCAGCUUGUUUUCCAGGGUAAUCUCAGGUGUCAAUUUGACCAGAAUUGGAAAAUCGACCUUCUAGAACUGAUCACGCUUGAGCACAACGAAUACGUGCCUCGGCAGCAGCUACUUCAAAGCGCUGCAGAGUCUCCAGAUAUCAAGCAGUCCCCCAACACCAGCAAGGCUUCUGGAAAACGAGCUCAGCUACAACGGCAAAAGCAACAGCACGCUCAAGACCAGCCAGCGCCAAGGCCAGUACCAUCGUCAAUGGUGACAGAAUACGGCAUGACUAAAGGUGCCCAAACAUAUCUCGAAUUGGCAGAAACCCUUUCAAUCAUGGCCAACCUCUUCUCCUUCGCUCAACACCACGACCACCUCUCCGCCUCUGACGCCCUUGCCCAAUACUGCACAAACAUCUCCGCCCAACAACACCAACAACACCAACAACAACACCAGCAGCAGCAGCUGCUGCAACAACAACAACAACAACAACAACAACACCAGCAGCAGCAGCAGCAGCAGCAGCAGCACCAACACCAACUACAACAACAAAAUCAACAUGCGCAAUUCAACCCUCAACUCCACCACCCAGGCCAGCAACAACACAAUUUGAAUCCCCAGUUGCAACAACCUGCUCACUUCCUGUCCCCCGCCCAAGCCGCUCACCUCUCUCUUCCUGGCCAAAUUAAUACGAAUCCCACCGCCUCUCCCGCCACUCUUUCCAACCAUCCUACCCCCUCCAUGCAAAAUCUCGCACUCCAAAACUCGAUGGGAGGUCCCACCAGUGUCGGAAUGGCUCAUCAAGCCUCUCAUCAGGGUACCAAUCCGAGCAAUGCCGGUACGCCCGCUGGUGGGAGUGCGACUGCGAGUCCCAAUGUUACGGGAAAGAGGAGGCGACCUAGUGGUGCGCAGGGCAAGGGUGAGAUGGGAGAAGAGGUGACGGAGGUCAACGGCGUUGGUGGAAGUGGAGGGCAACUAGGCGCGAAAGUGAAAGCCAGUCCGAACGUCAGAGGCAAACGGCAGAAGAAUGGAUGA